AUGAGCUCAUUAAAUACUCGCAUACAGGAUAAAGAUAAGAAAAAGAAAUGGGAACCACCACUUCCCACUCGUGUUGGUAAAAAAAGAAGAAGAGGCCCUGACGCAACGUCUAAAUUGCCUGCCGAUUAUUUAUUGAUGGAGGAAGAGUUUGUUCAAAAUCAAGAGAGAUUAAAACCACAAGAAGAAAAGGCACAAGAAGAAAGAACCCGGGUGGAUGAUUUACGCGGUUCUCCAAUGGGUGUGGGCUCUCUGGAAGAAAUCAUUGACGAUGAUCAUGCAAUAGUUUCUUCUUCUACGGGACCGGAGUAUUAUGUCAGCAUUUUAUCUUUUGUGGAUAAAGAUUUGUUGGAACCAGGAUGUUCAAUUUUGUUACAUCAUAAAGCUAUGUCUGUUGUUGGUGUACUUCAAGAUGAUACUGAUCCAAUGGUUAGUGUUAUGAAACUUGAGAAAGCACCUACAGAAUCAUAUGCAGAUAUUGGUGGUUUAGAACAACAAAUUCAAGAAAUCAAAGAAUCUGUAGAAUUACCCCUAACACAUCCAGAACUUUAUGAAGAAAUGGGCAUUAAACCUCCAAAAGGUGUUAUCCUAUAUGGAGUUCCAGGAACAGUAAAUAUCUUUGCAUAUGCAGGUAAAACACUUUUGGCUAAAGCCGUGGCGAAUCAAACAUCUGCAACUUUCUUGCGCGUUGUGGGUUCAGAAUUGAUCCAAAAAUAUCUUGGAGAUGGUCCAAAACUUGUACGCGAAUUAUUUCGUGUUGCUGAAGAACAUGCGCCUUCCAUUGUAUUUAUUGAUGAAAUUGAUGCUAUUGGAACUAAACGAUAUGACUCCAAUUCAGGUGGCGAAAGAGAAAUUCAAAGAACUAUGUUAGAGCUUCUAAAUCAGUUAGACGGGUUCGAUUCUAGAGGAGAUGUCAAGGUCAUCAUGGCAACAAAUCGUAUUGAAUCAUUAGACCCUGCUCUGAUUCGCCCGGGUCGUAUUGACCGAAAGAUAGAAUUUCCACUUCCAGACGUAAAAACGAAACGUCGUAUUUUUAAUAUUCAUACGGGAAGAAUGACAUUAUCUGAUGAUGUGGAUCUUGAGGAAUUUGUAAUGUCUAAAGAUGAUUUGAGUGGUGCUGAUAUUAAGGCAAGUUUUUUGAAAAAAAAUCUAGGUUUGAAAGGGACAAACAUAAUCAAUGCUAUUUGUACUGAGGCAGGUUUGCUUGCUCUACGGGAACGUCGCAUGAAAGUUAUCGCUGAAGAUUUUAGGAAAGCGCGUGAAAAAGUUCUUUAUCGCAAGUCUGAAG